AUGGAUCUCCUGCCGCAUCCAGAUGACAUGUCUCGUUUCUCAGACUUUACCAUCUUGACGACAACUUACAAGACAGUGUCAGACCACUCCAUAACCACCGAUGUCCUCAUUCCGAAGAAGAUGAUAGAGGCCUCGGCCGCGGCGACCUCACCAUGCCCCAUUAUACUACGCUACCAUGGCGGCGGCUUCAUCGGCGGCGCGAGUCUCUACCCCGGAUUCUUCGGGCCCUGGCAUCUGGAGCUCGCGGCCCGCCACUCGGCUGUGAUUGUGAGCCCGAACUAUCGCCUCGCGCCAGAGUCCACUAUCGAUGAUCUACUUGAAGAUACCGAGGAUCACUGGACCUGGGUUCAUAAGGAGCUAGCCUCAUUUAUCAAGGAGGAGACUUGCGGCCAGGUUGACGUCGACACGGAUCGGAUCCUCACGGCUGGUGACAGUGCGGGAGGCUACUUGAGCAUCAUGACGGGUUUGUCUCACGCCAAGGAUAUCCGGGCCGUGACAGCCGCCUACCCUUGCGUCGACCUAGCCGACGCACACUUCAUGGAGAGGCCGAAGGCUCCGGUAUUCGGACUAACCCUGCCGCAGAGCAUCGUCGACGAUCAUUUUGAAAAGAUUCGCAGCGGUGAGGCGCCUGCACUCAUCUCCAACGACCGGAAUCUCGAGAGGGGUAUCCUCAUGUUCGCCAAUCUGCAACACGGCGGGUUCCCCAAGAUGUUCCCGCUCGAGAAGAAUCACCUUUUUCCGUUUGAGAGGUUAAGGGCUGGGCAGAGGUUCCCGCGCGGUGGUGUGUUUGUGUGGCAUGGUGCUGAUGAUAGUGUUGUGCCGGCAAAAGGGAACGUCGCGUUGAAAGAGUUGGUUGGGGAGGUUGAUCCUGAGUUGGAGUUCAGUUUGGCAGUCCGGCCUGGUGAGCAUGGUUUUGAUGCCAUGACGAAAAUUAAUGAAGAAUGGAUGGCGGGUGGGCUAAAGAACUUGGUGAAAGCAUGGCUACAGUAA